AUGAACGACGGCCUCGCCAACGGGGAGGCCUCGUCGUCGUCCUCCUCCCAGUCGCCCCGGCACGGCACCCAUGCGCUACCACGAGACGAGGACAACGACGCCCGCCGGCCCGACACGGCCGACAGCGACCUCCUCGGCGAUGACCCCCUCACCCAGGACCACCUCGCCGAGCCCAUGUCCUUCAAGCGCAAGCAGAAGCGCCCCGGGGUCGGCCUGGGCAUCCUCACGAGCCUGGCGGGGUCGCUGCGGGACCAGAGGGGCGGAAACGGCAGCUCACAUAUGGGAACGGCAAGGCUGCAGGACGACGAGGCUGAGGAUGACCCAUACCCAGAGACAUAUCACUCCUCGCCCAGGAGGAGAGGCGGCGGCACCACCACGACCGGCUCGACCCCGAAGGACGGCGCCCCUCUCGACUGGCACGUCGAGGGCCCAGGCCAGCGCGUGGGGUACGAGAACCUGACGGCCAUCGACUGGAUCUUCGAGUACACAAAGGAGAGGGCCCGGCUGAGGGUGCUGAACUCGAGCGCCGUGGGCCUCGUCGGGUACGCCCAGCGCCUUCUCGAUGCGAGCCAGGAGUGGAUCAUCCUCGUCCUGACGGGGCUGCUAGUCGGGUCCCUCGCCGCCGGCAUCGACGUCGUCUCGGACUGGCUGGGCGACCUCAAGGCCGGCUACUGCUCCACGACGGACGGCGGUGCCUUCUACCUGAACAAGAACUUUUGCUGCAUGGGCUACGACGAGGGCGCGCACAUUUUGGUAAAGGAGUACUCGGUCUAUGCAAGACACAGCGGUAUACCCGAGAUCAAGACUGUGUUGGGAGGUUUUGUCAUUCGGCGCUUUCUUGGUACAUGGACCUUGGUUACGAAGUCCCUCGGGCUGUGUUUAGCUGUGGCUUCCGGCAUGUGGUUGGGUAAGGAGGGCCCCCUGGUCCACGUUGCCUGCUGCUGCUCGAAUCUAUUCAUCAAGCUUUCCCCCGCCAUCAAUGAGAAUGAAGCUCGGAAAAGAGAGGUGCUCUCUGCCGCGGCGGCAUCGGGCAUUUCUGUGGCCUUUGGCGCCCCCAUUGGCGGUGUGCUCUUCAGUCUCGAGCAAAUCUCGUAUUACUUCCCCGACAAGACGAUGUGGAAAAGCUUCGUCUGCGCCAUGACUGCCGCUGUUGUCUUGAAAGCUCUGGACCCUUUCCGUACGGGGGAAACUGCCCUGUAUCAUGUCAAGUACAGCACCGAGUGGCACAACUUUGAAGCCGUCGGCCCCUUCAUUGUCCUUGGCGUUAUAGGGGGGAUUUAUGGUGGUCUGUUCAUCAAGCUUAACAUGAAGGUCGCCUCCUGGAAAAAGGCACGAGCCAUCUCAAAGGAAUGGCUCCCAGGGCCGGUCACCCAGGUGGCCAUCGUCUCGCUGCUCACGGCCGUGAUCAACUACCCCAACCUCUACAUGCGCGCGCAGUCAUCAGAGCUCGUCGCGAACCUCUUCUCCGAGUGCUCCAAGCUGCUGGACGACCAGUUCGGCCUCUGCAAGACGGGGGCAGCAACGGCAGGCACCAUCGUGCUGCUCCUCUUCGCCGCCGUCCUCGGCUUCUUCCUCGCGGCCAUCACCUUCGGCCUGCAGAUCCCUGCGGGCAUCAUCCUCCCGUCCAUGGCCAUCGGCGCGCUGUCGGGCCGCGCCAUCGGCAUCAUCAUGGACAUCUGGGUGCACAACCACCCGGGCUUCAUCGCCUUCCAGCAGUGCGAGCCCGACAUCCCCUGCAUCAACCCGGGCACCUACGCCAUCAUCGGCGCCGCCUCCACCCUCGCCGGCGUCACGCGCAUGACCGUCUCCAUCGUCGUCAUCAUGUUCGAGCUCACGGGCGCCCUGACGUACGUGUUGCCCAUCAUGAUCGCCGUCAUGAUCUCCAAGUGGGUCGGCGACGCCUUCGGCCGCAGGGGCAUCUACGAGUCGUGGAUCCACUUCAACGAGUACCCCUUCCUGGACAACAGCGACGAGAACGUCGCCUCCAUCCCGGACAUACCCGCGGGCCAGGUCAUGACCCGCAUCGAGGACCUGGUCGUCCUGACCGCCACGGGCCACACCAUCGCCUCCCUGCGCAGCAUCCUCGAGACCCAGCCCUACCGCGGCUUCCCCGUCGUCUCGGACCCCCGCGACGCCGUCCUGCUGGGCUACAUCUCCCGCGCCGAGCUCGCCUACAACCUGGCCGGCGCGUCCCGCCCGCCCAGGUCCCUGCCCCCCGGCGCCGAGGCCUUCUUCAGCCACCAGCCCCUCGCCGACCCGCGCACCACGCUCGACCUGCGGCCCUGGGUCGACCAGACGCCCAUCACGCUGCCCUCGCGCGCCAGCCUCCACCUCGCCGUCAGCUACUUCCAGAAGAUCGGCCUGCGCUACGUGCUCUUCAGCGACAGGGGCGUGCUGCAGGGCCUGCUGACCAAGAAGGACGUCUGGCAGGUCCUCAACGGCGCCGAGGAGACGCGGCGGACCGGCGGCGGCGUCGGCGGCGGCGGCGGUGGUGGUGGGCGCGGCGGGCUCUCGGGGAAUGUUGGCGUCGAGACGGGGAUCACGCGGGAGGAGGGCGAGGGCGAGCACAGGGGCCUCCUGGAGAGGGGCAGCGUCCCCGUCGACGAGGCGCCGAGCCCCGGGAUCGACACUGGCUCUAUAUUGUAG